AUGUCAUUCCUUUCCUUCCUGUCACUCGUUUUUGUCUUUGCUUUUGGCGCCAUCAGCGUUGAUGCCGGCACAGUCGCCAAACUUGCUACACGCGAUCCCCGAUGGGAGCGGAAAUUCCUCGCCCCGCGCGACGCCAGCAUCAAACUACAUCUCGCUCUACGGCAGCAGGAUGGCGGUGCCGCGGCCGAGCGGCAUCUCAUGGCCAUCUCUCAUCCCGAUAGUCCGCAUUACCGACGCCAUUUGAGGGCAGACGAGAUAUUAGACCUGUCCACGCCUGCCUCGUCCACCGUCCACGCAGUGGAGGUAUGGCUUGCACAGCAUGGACUGCUAGCAAGCAGUGUGUUGUUUGCGGGUUUCAUGGAAGUCAAUGCCACCAUUCGACAAGCCGAGAAAUUGCUCAAUACCACCUACUUUGUCUUCUCCGACGGCCGGGAUGAGAUUGUCCGGACGGAGUUGUUUCACUUGCCGGAUCAUCUGAACUAUCAUAUCGAUUUCGUUACGCCCACCACCAUGUUCCCUCGGCCGGCCAUCAAGAACGCCUCCAAUGCUCCUGAACAACCUCAGCGUUUCUCUCAAGACCCAAUGCUGGGAACCCGAGCAGGCUGCGGCGCAACCGACAAUGUCAUCCCAUCCUGCGUCCGCCAAGUCUACGACAUCAACUACACCGCCAAACCCAGCCGAGUGACCUACGCCGUCUACGCCACCGAAUCAGCAUCCUUCAGCCCCACCGACCUCCACGUCUACCUGUCAGAAUACAACCCCCCGGCCGCCGCCGCCAAUGCAAACUACACCGUCAUCGGCACCGGCGACCCCUCAGAGUCCUCGGGCGGAAUAGAAGCGCAAUUCGAAACCGCCCUCGACACACAAACGCUCACCGGCCUCGCCUGGCCCGCGCACGGCAUCCUCUACAACAACGGCGGCGUCUUCGGCACGCAGCACCCAGGCCAAGUGUACGACCGCUUCGUCACCUUCCUGCAGCAGCUCAUCGCCAACACCACCAUCCCCAGCGUCGUCUCCUUCUCCGAAAGCAUGGCCGAGACUUCCCUCGACCCGGCCUACGCCCGGCGGCUGUGCAACAUGAUGGCCCAAGUCGGCACCCGCGGCGUCACGCUGCUCUUCUCCUCCGGCGACAACGGGCCCAACGGCGACCAACCGAGCGGCACGCACAGCCAAAUCUUCGAGCCCGAGUUCCCCGCAAGCUGCCCCUGGGUGACAGCCGUAGGCGGCACCACGAACCUCGCAGCGGAAGCCGGCGCAACGAAAUCCACCAUUCCUCUCAUCAACAAAAUCUCCUACGUCGCGUCCGGAGGCGGCUUCUCCACCCUCUUCGCCCGCCCGGACUACCAAUCCCCCGCCGUAACAAACUACACGGCCACUCAAAUCCCCGCCUCAUACGACAAAGUGAAAGGCUUCAACGCCCAAGGCCGCGGCAUCCCCGACGUCGCCGCCUUCUCCACCCUCUUCCCCACGGUAGUCGACCUCCUCACCGUCCCGAUAGGCGGCACGAGCGCCUCCACACCCUUGUGGGCGGCUAUCGUCACGCUGCUCAACGACUAUGAAGCGAGCAAAGGCCGGCCGCGGCUGGGUUUUAUCAAUCCGUGGUUGUACAGUUUGAAAGCUGGCGCCGGGCUGAAGGAUAUCACGACUGGAGGCAAUAAUGUGGGCAGCUGCUAUGCUUUGCAGGGAUGCCAUUUGAGUGAGACGUUGGGGUAUAAUGUUACGCGGGGCUGGGAUCCGGUGACGGGUUUGGGGAGUCCCGUUUUCUCGAAGUUGUUGGUGGCGCUGGAUGCGCGUGCUGCUGCUGCGGAGUCGUAG